AUGGUAUAUCGGAUAUCUCUCACCCUCGGGACUCUGCUGUUAGUUUUAUUCUUCGCAGAUUCGAGGGCUCAGGAGGGGUGUAUGUGUCAAGCAAUAGACGACAACGCCAGAGAUACAAUCUUCGCAAAUUUUGGUCCCAUAAAUACAUGCGCAGACCUCGCAUUCUGUGCGUGUGAGACGGAAGGUGUCGCUGCUUGUCGAAGAGCUUGUGAAAGAAUUGUUCAAGAUUGGUCCCGAUUUGAAUGUCCUGGUAAUCUACGACAAAGAGAGGUUCGAGCUCGAUACGCUGCUGGCGAGUGUAAACUUGGCUUUGGAGACAACACGCAUAACUGCCGAGCUCGACGGUUAGAUGGAUUCUUAUUUGGUAAUUUAGGAGCGGCAGGAGGUGGAAACAACGCUAUAGUUGGUGCGGCGGGAGGUGGAAACAUGGGAAAUGCGGCAGGUCCGCCUGGCGGAUGCUGUCCAUGUAAUCCCUGGAUAUUAGACAACAUUUAA